AUGGUAUGUAGCCUACCAGGGUUGCCACGAUGCCAGCCCUUGCCUAGCGUUACUUCCGCCAACCACAACAUGAACGGUGUCUACGGUUUCCAAAUUUUCAUUUUGGUAGUGUGUCAGCUGGCGGAGUUUGCGCUGGCGCACAAUGCGAGUUUCAGCGUCUCGGUAAAGGACCCGAGCGCCGUUAUACGUGAAUUCGAGGCGUGGCAGCAGUCCUCGCAGUGGAAUGGCGAAUUUCUGUCCAACGGCUCGGACGUGCAUUUGCCGCUUACGGCAGCGACGAGUGGACUCGUUAUAGUUGACAUUAGCGGGGCCGGCAGCAGCGGCGGCGGCGGCACCGCCGCCGGGCCUGGCCUCACCUUGUACGUCAGCCGCGACGGAUAUGCAUCCGUAGGCACAAGCGCUUGGAUCACCGUUGGCAACGACGGUGCGCUGACGCUGACAAGAAACACGUCGUCUGCCACGAACGGGUUCUUUGUGGCACAGGGUCUGCUCAAGUACCGCACAAGCGAAUGGUACCUCUACGAAGAGACUGGCCAAAUUGGGAUCAAGGCUGCCACUCCCGCUUCCGGUGAGGCCCCAAAGACGCUAGCCGAUCCGGUCUACUUGAGUGCAGUUUCUACGCAGAACUCUCUUCGCAAGCGGUCUGCGCACCACUGGAACGGAAACGCGAACUGCACGGAGGCGGCGGACCCAACGCAGCGUCGUCUGAACUGGAAUGCAACCCGGCCGCUGCGUCAAGAGUAUAGAGACGUGGCUAUCAGGUAG